GCCCCUUUAUUUCUUGCCCGGUUUCGAGGCUACGGGCUGAAAGAAUCGCUUGCCAUAUUGAAUGGGGCUUUUUGUAAGCGGCAUCCUUUAUCUUCGACCAUUUCGAAUAUCUCCGAACGGUUGAAACAAAUAUUUUCUCUUUACGAAUUCGACUUAUAUUUCUAUUAAAAUCGGUCCAUCGAUACUUUCCAGAGUAUCUUCUUUUAUCGAAAUGCUCUAUUUAAUAAAGAGGUCGGAUAAAUUCAGAUCGGUGUUGAAACUUCGAACCGUAGGUGGUAGUCUGUUGAUCGUCUGGAUAGGCAAUGUUGAAUUCGACGCGCCAUGUGGCUGAUUCAUCUUUCUCCUUUCCUUUAAUAAUCCUCCUUUAGAAAUUCUAGGAAUCUUUACGUCAUAUUGUACGAGGAGGUUAAUACACGAGUUUUCAGAGGGUCGCAAUACUGUUCGUGACGUUGGUUUCAUUGGCCGACAAUGGUUCGUCUUUACGCUCGAUUGGUUUCAAGGAUCCCUUCGCGAACGAUCGACCUUCCCCUUGCGUUUGAAGGAUGGCAAAUGGAAUUGGCAGCGACUCGUGUUUUAACUAAUUACGUUCCAACCUUUUGUUAUCACCCACGAUACGGACUAAUCGGGUAAUUGAUGUCGACGAUUAUUCAGGCUUGUGGAUAUUUCAUUUCAACGAAGAUGGAUGUCUAUUGAAACAUAGUUCGAAGUUUAGCUUAAAAGUGUCCUUUGAUCGAUUGAUUUUCGCGAAGACCGAGAAUGGAAGUUUGAGAAGAAGUGGGUCUCGGUUAGCGCGACAAAAAUGGAGUACCAUUCGCUCGUGUCGCGUGAAUGCUUUCAAAGGAAACGAAGGUUUGCUUUUAUUCCAGUUCCAAGUGAAAAUCGAUACCUCUUUUCAGCGAGCCUCUACAUUGUAAUUUCGCUCCGAAGGCGAAAGAUUUCCUCGUUCAUGAAUAUUUAACACGCUAUGUAACGCAAUCAGGGACGAAUUUUUUCCCCUCUCCACCAUGCUCGUCGCUCUUGUCCUCUACGCGAGAGGAUACACCGAGAAGAGUUAAGACUGCUCACGCUCGAACGAAUCAUGAAGUGGUCUUAACUUCGAUCGAGUUUCUCGAGAUGCUCGGGAAAUAUCCGUAAUUGCUCCUCGUUCCUUCUUCAUUAUCGUGAUCCCUUUUAAAAGAACACCGGAUUCCCUCGAGUACCUUCCCGACAUCCUUCGACAUUCCUUAAACGCUUCUUCUAUCCUUUGAAGCACCAGCGAAUUGGAAUAAACGAUGAAGCUUACCUCUAACCUUUCGUUAUGGAAUUUCCACUUCCAUUCUGCCAGGACAGCCAUUACGUUUUUCAAGCGUGUAUUGACCCCGUAUUUACGCUGAAACGCGGGUAGAAUGUCCUCCGCAAAGGGUUGGAAUUGCGUUACGUCUCUAUUGUUCCGUUUAGGUUGGACGACCGAGCGUUCGCUUCAGUUAAACCUCAUUCACGCUUUGAAAAAUUCCACUUGAUUUCAAUUUGUUAAUCGAUAUAAGUGAAUUACAACAAUUUUUGCAAGUGUAAAUUGCAGCUUAACGCGUUCCCUGGAGCGAAGUUGAAUUUAGAACCGUGUUUCUGGCAUUUUCCAUAGCGAUCGAAUUGAUUCCUGCUGCUUUGCAAAACAAGAUGUUUCAGUCUGUUGCGUUUCACUCUGCAGCUGAACAUAUAGAAGAUAAGAACGGGGGGAGAAGUUUGGGAGAGUUUCGAAUAUAUCUCUGUACAGUAGACGAGGGUUUAUUGUUCCAAAGGUGAGCGGCGACGGGCGGAAAAAUGGAAGGAAGCGGGACUGGAAUUAGCAGGCUCGACUGCUACGAGGAUAUGUUUAAGGAAAUCACUAGGAAACUGUACGGUGAAGACCCUGAUCACAGAACGUCGAGCGUACAGAACGAAUUCGAGACAUCGGUUUCGUACAAGAACGAAGAGGACACCGGAAACGGAACCGACGGUAGCGACGACGGAAACUGGACCUGCGAAGAGGAGCCGCUCAAAGGAACCGACGGUAGUCGGAUCGCAGCUUAUCAUGCUGGAAAAGUUACAUGGAGGUGUUACGAAUGCGGCGACGUGAUGGGGGGCGGACCCCGCGAUGUGGCCGAACACUUCAUGGAACUUCAUUCCUCGCGAAUUCUCGCAGACGACAGCAGGAACAGGCAUAAUUCACCGCGUAAGGAUUACCUGCAGUCGGAACUGAAAGUCGAAGACGUGAUUUCGUACCUGGAGAGGCUACGCGAGCGUGCGGAGCGAGUAGCGCCGCCGUCCAGAAGGACCCAGGAGACCCAAACCGUACCUGCCGCUUUAUUACCGGUCACCUCGACCUUUCUGCUGCAGGAGUUACCCUCCGCCCCUGCGCCGCAACAUUUGCACCAGAAUACAACGACAAUCCCGACUUCAGCCACGGUGUUGGCGAGCGGAAAACGAUACACCUGUCCAUACUGCCCGUACGGAACCGAUCGUCGCGAUCUGUACACGCGCCAUGAAAACAUUCAUCGCGAGGAGAAGCCUUUUCACUGUUACAUUUGCUACAAACCGUUCAAUCGAGCCGAUCACGUGAAGAAACACUUCCUUCGGAUGCACCGUGAACACGGUUACGAGUUGUCCAGGAUACGCAGACCAGUUGGGUCCGAUCCACCGAAGCCUCUUCAACAAGAGUCAUCAACUGCGAGCACUGCGAAUGCGAAUACUAAUGGCCAACAACAACAACAACAGCAGCAGCAGCAGCAGCAGCAGCAGCAACAACAACAACAACAGCAACAACACGCCAAUUACACCUCCGGGUUUAAUAAUAAUAAGAAUUACCAGUUGCAGCCGAAUCCUGGUAAUAAUGCAACUGCGAACACUGCUGCGAUUUAUCAGGGAACCUCGAUGCCUGCACCAGGUAUCAUGCAACCGGAUGCAGGGAAUUGUAACACCGGAAGAAGGGUGCAGAAUGGAGGAUGCAAUAGCAAGAGCCAUCUCAAGGGAGGCUCUAAGGGUGCUCAAGAACGGAGGUACACUUGUUGCUACUGUUCCUGGAGCGGCGUGGACAACUGGUGCCUGAAACGGCACCUGAACACGCACCUUAAACCCUUCGCGUGCACCCUUUGCGAAUACAAAGCAGCCCGCGCUGAACGUCUUGCCACUCAUGUGCUCAAGGUGCACAACAGACGGCAGUGCUCGAGAUGUUCCUUCCUCGGCGAAGACGCGGCGCAGCUGCAGAUGCAUCAGUUGCACGUGCAUCGCGUGAGCAGCGCCAAUGCACCUGCGACGUCCACUGCUCAGGCUGCACCGCCGCCGAAUAAUCGUCAUCAACAACCCUUGCACCCCGCGGGAGGAGGACGACCACCACCUGGUCCGCCAGUUUUUCCAGCACCAGCACCAGCCAUCGCACCUGGUACCACCGUCAUACCACCAACAACGAUACUCGGCCACGAGAUGGUAAACUCCCCUGCAACUGCAGCGACAAUGGCGUACCCGACAUUGGAAGAGGAGAGGCGGUCGAGCGGCCACGAGUACGAGCAUCAUCGUCAUCGUCAACGAGUCCGCAUCGUCGCCGAACAUCCUGAGAAACAGGAUACGAACUUGGACGACGCUCCAGUUGCCAGCGUCGAUACCGCGAUCAUACUUAAUCGUGAUUUUGCGUACAGCUAUCGAGCCGUUGCCGAAGCGACCGAGGGUCAGUCAUCCUGGGAGCCAUCCGAGUGCCCUUGGAUCUGGGCGAACCAGAGAAGCCGCAGACGCUCUAGGAAACAGAGCCUGCCGAGAAAGGUGACUUGCAUCCAGGAUUUCGAGGACGACGAGCUACCCUGCCUCGAUGGGAAGAAACAGGACACUGGACAAGAGGAUACCACCAAUUCGGUGUCCAAUAAGGAAACACCUCAAGUGGAGGUGGUGAACGAACUGAGGAAGAGGUACCGGUGCAGAUCGGAUAGGGAAUUGCUCAAGUGUCGCCUGUGUCCCGACGAUGCACUUGCCAGAGGAUCCAUCUGUCGACCGUAUCAUACCAAAGCUUCUUUAGCGCUUCAUAAGUACUGGAGACACGACAGGCGCAAAAGAUGCCUGACGAAUUGUGCGACCAAGCCUCAUCCACCGUCACGUGUGUCUUCUAUCACGCUGAAGGCUACGGUUUUCACCAGCCCCGAUUAUGGGUACCAUAGAUAGCACUCGGUGUCUAGGGGCGCAGCGAUGCUUAACCGAUGGGGUGGAUUUCAAAUGGCAGCACCGAUCUCUGCCGUUUCUUGAUCAGUUUUUUUCUUAAGGACGAGACUAACUUGUCGGAGUAAAUUGUUUUCUCAUUGAAGAUGCAAUAUUUUUUUCUUUUAAAGCAAAAUGAAAUAUAGAAAAAUGAAGAUAGUGCCUUUUGGAAUCCACCGCUUUAAAAAGGUGUUCUAAAUUGCAUCGCGAGCCGACGUUUCUAUCCCCUCGAGGAUCAAUUAUCGCGGACAUUAGUUAGGCCAACAGCGUAUUUCUAAUUAGAAUUCUGGAUCGAACUCGCAGCGAUCGUCGUAGCCAACGACAACGAUUUUAAAUAGCAAACGAUCUCGUCGAAAAUAUAAGUGCAAGGAGGUGUUGACGCAGCUACAGCAGAGACAAAGAAUAAGAAUUUUGGAGGAUGUUUACUUUUAAGGGACUACGAAUAAAAUAAACAGCGAAACGUUAGGUUAAGGAACGACUAAUUCGAAAGUACCUCGACAAGCGCGAAUUUUCAUCGCGAACGACCAUCUCGAUGCUCGUUCGAGCCUCCGACGAGGAACGACUAUUUUCCUGUAUAGAUAAUGCGCGAAUUAACGAUAUUAACGUUCGACGAUCGUCUUCAAUCGAUGUCUAAUUGUGCGUUUGUCCAUUGUCCGUCUCUGUAAUUACGUAAUUGCUUUCCCGUUUUGUCGUCAAUGGACUUUUGCGAGCGUAAUGAUGCACUCGACUGUGUGCAGAGAGAACGAAGAUCGGAACGCGUUACGCGAUCCGUGAUUGGCCGGGCGAGCAUGAUUUUUAUAUAAGGGAUAUUUGUACAGAACCACUAUCUUGUUUACGUUAUUACAUAAAAAUAUAUUAUAUCUAUUGUAUUUCAGCA